AUGAUUUCACUCAACCUGCUGCUGCUUCUGCUGCUGCUGCUGCAGCUCCUGCUGCUGCUGCUGCUGCUGCAGCAGCAGCAGCAGCAGCAGAAGGACCAGCAGCAGCAGAAGGACCAGCAGCAGCAGAAGUUGCAGCACAAGACGGAUCGCCAAGCAGCCCUUCUCCUCCCUCCUCCUCCUCCUCCUCUUCCUCCUCAGCAGCAGCAGCAGCAGCAGCAGCAGCAGCAGCAGCAGGGAGAAGGGGAGCUGGGGGCCGCGUGCUGGUACACUGCGCAAAAGGUGCAGCUGCAGUAUUUGCAGGAUCGGCUGGAGGAGGUGCGGCCCGCUCUACCCCACAACAUUGAGAGUGAUGAGCAGCAGCAGCAGCAGCAGCAGCAGCAGCAGCAGCAGCAGCAAAAGGGAGCAGCAGCAGGAGCUGCUGCUGCGCAUGCAUUCCAUGCUACUGUCUCCAUCGAAGACAGCGAGCCCGAUAUAUUCAGAAGAGACCCAGACGCCAGAACCAGGUUAAGGGCCUUUGUUGCUUCCUGCAGCCGCGAGCUAACGGAGGAAGAUCUUAAACAAAGAAUCACACUCGUGUUUGCUGCUACGCUCCCCGGUGUCUCCAUGGCUGAUAAAGUAGCAGAUGAGAUAAAGGCCUGGGUAGCAGACUGCAGGGCGACAGCAGCAGCAGCAGCAGCUGCUGCUGCUGCUGCAAAAGAUAAGAGCAGCAGCAGCUCCCCUGCUGCAGAUGAAGCAGCAGCAGCACCAACAGCAGCAGCAGCAGCAGCAGCAGGAGACAGUAAAAAGAGACACAGGGAUAAAGACAGUGGAGGAGAUAGACGGUCAAGGAAAGCAGCAAGAAGCAGCCACAGACGCAGCAGCAGCAGCAGCAGCAGCAGCAGCAGCAGCAGAAGCAGCAGCAGAAGCAGCAGCAGAAGCAGCAGUAGAAGCAGAAGAAACACCGAAAGAAAUGCCGGUGGUGGAGGAGCUAUCAAUGGCCUCAGCAGCAGCAGCAGCAGCAGCAGCAGCAGCAGCAGCAGCAGCGGGAACGGAGUGAAGGAGCCUCAGGGGACCCUGGCGCCGUGGCAGCAGUCUUUGUAUAGAGACAGAGAGAGAGACAGAGACAGAGAGAGAGACAGAGAGAGAGAAAGAGACAGAGAGAGAGACAGAGAGAGACAGAGACAAAGAGAAGGAGACAGAGACAGAGACAGAGACAGAGACAGCAGCACAGAGAGAAAAGCAACAAAAAAAGCAAAAAAGAAAAAAAACAAAGACAAAGACAAAGACAAAAAGAAAACCUCUUCUCUCCGUCUUAGACUCAAAACACCAACACCCAAAACAAAGAAAUACACCAGCGACAGCGACUAA